AUGGUUGUCAACAUCAUUUCAAUCUUUUUCUUUCUGGCUGGCUUUGCCAAUUUGACAUUUUCCCUUCCUGCCAAUAUUUCUGCUGAUUCGUUGGCAAGUAUCGAUCAUGUUAUCCUUUUCAUGCAAGAAAAUCGAGCAUUCGAUCAUUAUUAUGGUACAUUGAAAGGUGUUCGUGGCUUCAGUGAUCCAAACGUCCACAUUAGUACAAACACCAAAAAGUCCGUCUUUCAUCAACCUGUUACCGGUGAUGUUGACCCAGCGCCUCCCGCUGGCGUAAGUGAACUAUUGCCUUGGCAUAUCAACGCUGCCGGUGGCGAUUCUGAAGAUCGUUAUCAAUGCAUGGUUGCAGGCAGUAAUGGCUGGCAAGAAAAUCAUGCUUUUUGGGAUCAUGGUGAAAUUGAUACCGCAGUAUCAAGUUUAACACCUUAUUCUUUGGGAUACUAUAAGCGAGCAGAUAUGCCAUUCCAUUUCGCUCUCGCUGAUGCGUAUACCAUCGGUGACGCUUAUCACGAAUCAAUCAUUGCUGAAACAAAUCCUAACCGUAUGUCAUGGGGAGGCAGUACAAAUGGUAUCUUACAAGCUAAAAUGGGACUCAAUGGACCUACUUUGGAUAAUAACGAUAGUCCCGGUUGCAUUAAAAGCCAAAAUAAUGAUGGUUUUGAGUACAGCUGUUGGCCAUACAAAUGGAAAACGGUAGCAGAAUAUUUGGAAGACAAUUCAAUUUCAUGGCAAGUUUACCAAGAUGAAGACAAUUUUGGCGAUAAUCCAUUUGACUCUUUUGAGAAUUUUGUCAACGCUCCCUCCGGUUCGCCUUUAGCUGAAAAAGGAACAGCAAGAAUUGGGUUACAACGAUUUUACGAUGAUGCCAAAGCAGGUAAAUUGCCUCAAGUGUCUUACAUUGUUGGUCCAACAGAUUUAAGCGAGCAUCCUCCUUGGGGUCCUCUGGAUGGCGCUUGGUUGCAAGAGAACGUGGUGAAAGCUGUGAUUGAAGGUAAAAAUUAUGAUAAAUCAGCUUUAAUCAUUUCCUAUGACGAAACUGGUGGAUGGGCAGAUCAUGUUAUCUCUCCUCUUCCGCCGGCAAAUACGCCGGGGGAGUAUAUCAAAGAUUUCUAUAACGCAUCUUUAGGCAUUCAACCAAACGGACCAGGAUUCCGUGUGCCUUUAGUUGUCGUUUCACCAUGGUCAAGAGGAAACAAGGUUUUCACUGAAAUUGCCUCGCAUGAAUCUCAAAUCUUAUUCCUAGAAAAGUGGGCAGCUGCAAAGGGAAAACCAUUCAUCUCGAAAGAAAUGACUGAAUGGCGCCGUGAACAAUUGUCCGACUUAACCAAAGCUUUUGAUUUUAGCAAGAAAGAUCUUUCGGUUCCGCAUUUUGCCAAAACCCGUAUGCCAUCUAUUGAUCCAACGACUGGCGAUUAUAAUGGCGGUUCGGUAUGCCAAGCCAAAUAUCCUGAUCACCAACCGACAGUACCGUACGGUAAACAAACUGAAUCUGUUGCUUUGGCGGUAGAGGCAGGAUACAAGCAGCUGACUGGAAAUCCAUCUGAAGGACGUUAUUUGGUAUUCGAGGUACCAAAUGCUGCUUUAGGAUAUGAUGCAACUGGCACAAAAUUAAGAAUGUGCAAAUCAUCUUCUCUCCAUAAUACGCCAAAAACAAAAUUCGUCAUUCAUGCAAUCGAAGACAGUCCAAGUAACAAUGUUUUCCAAAUCCGUCUUGCUAGUGUCAACGGUUCAAAAAAGAAAUUCAUUACUGCAUCUUUGGCUAUUACGGAUAAUCAAAUGAUUGCCGGUUAUUUCAUUUUAACGGAUUUAGGCAAUGGACAAGGAUAUUCAAUUGUUGAUCAAAACACUGGCAAGAAUGUCAGUUUACCUACUCAAAUUGGUGCGAGCCCGCAAUUGGUGGAUAGCACUACACCGCUUCCCAUCAUGAACAUUUAUUCCGUCACAGGCUGACACUUUUACCCCACACUCAUACCGGGAAUGAGAUGAUCGGUUUUGUGAAAAUUUGUGUGCGUAAAGAUAAAUCCAUGGUGGUUAAGCCCAAUUUAAAUUGUGAUAGUAGGCAUAGCCAAUCAGAGGACUUCUUGCAAGUGCGAAAACAGCACAUCUAAUCUCAUCACGUGUGAUUUAAGGAAUAAGCUUAUUCUGAUCACUGUUCAAAUGCAG